GUUGGUCCAUGCUAACGUUUACCCCGCUCGUCAGCUCCAUGAACCACCUGUGUUUUGCCUAAACGUGGUUCCGGAGUUUUUAACGGUAAACUUUAGAGUUCACCUGACGCAAACUAGUGUUAACUUAACCGGCGGCAUGUGCGGCGGCACCGUUGUCUAGUCUCGGUAGUUUAACAGCAUCCUCGUGCCUCCAACUUUGUCGGUGCUGAGCUCGCGGCAGCUGAUUAGCUGGGAUGUGGGGGUUUGGGCGAUUCUCGUCGGUAUGUAUACCAACACCACUUCGUGGAUUUUUUGUUGCCAGUAGGCCCUAUGGAAGUGUUGAACUACAGGUGCCCACAUUCUGCUGCAGAGGAGAGAGCACCAGGAUGAGGAGACUGUAGGCACCCGCCGUAGUAUGGCCGCGUCCCGUUCCUCGCGCGUCACAAGGUCAUCAGUGGGGCUCAAUGGAUUGGAUGAGAACUUUUGUGGUCGAACCCUCAGGAACCGCAGCAUCGCCCAGCCGGAGGAGACUUCGGUGUCUCCAUUACCGAGGGCCCGUUCGCCCAAGAAGAAGCAGGACGCCAAGCAGGAGUCGAAGCAGGACGCCAAGCAGGAGUCGAAGCAGGACACCAAACAGGAGAGCAAGCAGGAGUCAAAGCAGGACGCUAAACAUGAUACAAAGCAGGACGCUAAGCAGGACACUCAGCAUGAUGGCCAGCAACAGGCCUCAUUGCAGGGAAAGGAAACUGACUCAAAUGCUUCCACAGCUGAGGUGGAGCAAUGGACCAGCUCCAGGAAGCGGGGUGUGUCCUGUUUAGAAAAAGACAUUACUCCCGAGAAGCCUGAGAACUGUGAUAGAGGGAAAGGGGCGCGGGAUGCCUCUCCUCAAAUCAAAAGGGCCAAGCGGUGCUCCCGCUCCGGAGAGUCUCAGGGACACGAAGAGCACCCUGAGCCUCAGAAACCUGAAAGUCCAGCCUCUGUCCCAGAGCCUAGCAAGGACAACAGUUGUGAAGAAUUUCCCAGUCAAAACUCUGCUAAUACAGCUCCUUCCUCACCUGUGCUGAGUAAAGAGGAAGGUGAGCUGACAGGAGCGAAAGUGGAGGAUGGCCAUGUGGAGUGUGAUGGGGCACCUCAUCCCCCAAAUGCUCACAAAGCUUCUAAUGGACUCCGAGAGAAUAAAGCAGAGGACUCUAGCGCACUCACUGAAGAGUCUAGUACAGAUCCCACCUCUGCCAACAACUGCCCAUCGCUGCUCAAUGGUAGCCAGGCGGGGGCUCCCUCAUCCCCUGACCCUGCUGUGCCUUGUAGAAACUCUGUCCCUGGGCAGAAAGAGGUCUCUGGCUCAGGGGAAUCGCCAGCCUCAUCUGCACCAGCACUUGAGGCUGUUCCAGAGGAUCCUGUCCCUGAGUUGAUAGUGGCCAAGGAGCAGGAGGUAGAGGAGGUGGAGGUUGAUGUGGUGGGUGAGCCCUUGUGUUUGGCCCACGAGGAGCAGGUGACAGAGAGCGAGAGUGACGCCAAUGGCCGGCCACUAACACCAUUGCAGGAAGCUGCUGCCUCCACCUCCUCCACAACCAACAUGAACAGUAGUCCAAUCAACAACAGCAACUCAGGAGAAACUACACCCCCACUAGCAACCACCCCCUCCCCCACAGAGCCAGGGUGCAACCCCUCAAUAUCCAGCACGCCCCCCUCUUUCACAGAGCUCUAUGAACACAGAUACACCCUACGGACUUCACCCAGGAGGGCUGCCACUGGUGGCAAAGCCACCUCCUCCAAGCCCAGCUCUCCUCCUAGAGACAAUGGUCCCUUGAGGGAAGAGGGGGAGGUGGUGGUUGGGCUGGAGGAGGACUGUCCCAUGGUGGAGGAACCUGUUCCCUCAGACUCUGUAGGCCCCUCCAGUGAGUCCUUGGAUCCUGGAGACAGGCCAGGUGGCGAGGUUGGUGGGUCUUUGGAUGGCAAAGAAGCAGAGAGCAGCAAGGAGCUUACACAGACCCAGGCUGCUGAGGAAGAGGAGGAGGAAGAGGAGGAGCCAGACGUGUAUUACUUUGAGUCUGACCACCUGGCUCUUAAACACAAUAAAGAUUAUCAGAGGCUGCUGCAGACCAUCGGAGUUCUCGAGGCCCAGCGCACGCAGGCCAUCCUGGACCUGGAGACAUUGGCACGUCAACAGAGAGAGGCACUAGCCGAUCCCAUUAGCUUUGUUGAACAGCUGCAGAAACGGGUGAAUUUGGGCUUGCCGUGUCCGCAGCGGGUUGUCCAGCUCCCUGACAUUGCGUGGGAACAGUACACCUCAGGCCUUGGUGACUUCGAGAGAGAGUUCUGCGACAAGAAGCGCAAAACCAGGCGGCUAAAGCUGAUCUUUGACAAAGGUUUGCCUCUUCGACCAAAAAGUCCAGUAGAACCCAAGAAAGAGGGCGAAUCCUCCACCAUGUACUCCUCUCUGCCCACUAGUGAUGCUCCAGAGAACGGAAGGCAAGCGCAGAUGAUCAGGGGGAGGAUUUGUCAUCCAAACAAGCCUGACACAUUUAACCAGCUGUGGACUGUGGAGGAACAGAAAAAACUGGAGCAGCUUCUUGUUAAGUUCCCUCCUGAGGAAGUCGAGUCCAGGAGAUGGCAGAAGAUUGCUGAUGAGCUGGGCAAUCGAACAGCAAAACAGGUUGCCAGUAGGGUUCAAAAGUACUUCAUCAAACUGACAAAAGCUGGUAUCCCUGUGCCUGGAAGAACACCCAACCUGUGCAUGUACACUAAAAAGGCAUCCAGUAAGAGGCAGCACCACCUUAACAAGCACCUGUACCGGCCGUCCACCUUCUUGACCUCCUAUGAGCCUCCGGUCUACAUGGACGAAGAUGACGAGCGCUCAGCGUAUUACAGCAGCGUGCAGGACCCCUCUGCUGAUGACUCGGACGAGGAGAGUGUACCUGUGGAGUUGAGAAAUUUGCCAGAAUACAAAGAGCUUUUGGAGCUGAAGCGACUGAAAAAACAGAAGCUCCAGGAGAUCCAGGAGGAUAAGGUCGGGGUGCGGCACGUAGGCUACAAGUGUGACGUCUGUGGCAUGGAGCCAAUCCAGGGAGUGCGGUGGCACUGUCAGGACUGUCCGCAAGACAACUCGGUUGAUUUCUGCUCCAACUGCUCCGACUGUUUGUUCAAGACAGAGACCCACAAGCCUAACCACCACUUGGAACCGGUGUACCAGCCAGAAACCUUUCUGGACAGGGACUACUGCCUGCCGCAAAGCACAGGCUACAACUACCUGGACCCUAACUACUUCCCAGCCAACAGAUGACAGGGUACCAGACGCCCCUAGCUCCAGGCUCUCUCCACAUAUCCCACAGGCCACUCUGUGCAUGGCUCCAUCCUCCAAGUCCAAGAUAACCGCUUAACCCGCCGCCAGGCAGGAAGGCCAGCAGGCAGGCAGACAGCCAGGGGCCUCAGAGCAGACCACAGUGCUGCUGGUGGGGGGCUGUUGGUAAACUGGCCUCCCUGACUCGAGCAGAAGGCGGCCGUGUUGGUUCCUCAGAACAAGGGGGCCCCGCUCCACCUCAGCCAGGUUAAUCAACGGAUCUGUGAUUUGAAACGAUACACUAUUUUUAAAAACAAACAAAACAAAAAAAAAAAAAAA